AUGUGUGAGCCACGACCCACGAGCGUGGUUCCUUAUACUCGGCACAACAACUAUCAGGGAAUGGAAGACACCAACGACCCUGCUGACCGGUUCAACCGCCAUUUUGGAACCAAUUAUGCCCCGACGGAUAAGGAUGUCGAAGAACUGAGGGCCAUUCUGAGAGGUUCGGAUUGUCAGAUACAGGCGCUUGACGAGGAGAUCGAGCAGAAAGAGUCGGAGUUGGAAGAACUACGCGGACGCCGGGCAGCGAUCAUGGAGGCGACCAGAAACCACCGUACCCUUCUCGCACCGAUUCGACGAAUUCCACAGGACUUACUGCAGGACAUCUUCGUCGCCUGUCUCCCGGAGGAUAGGAAUCCAACCAUGAGCGCCGAUGAGGCGCCAAUGCUUCUCACGCGCAUCUCGAGCCAUUGGCGCCAGGUCGCCCACCUCACACCUCGGCUUUGGGCUUCCAUCUACAUUCCUGUCCCAUCCAUCCCUCUCCAAUGGGUCGAUCAGAGACAAUUGGGCCCCGAAGCCACCGAGAGCCUUAUCAACCAGCGCAUCGAAGGCGUGAAGGUAUGGAUACAGCGUUCACGCGCCUGCCCUCUUAGCAUUCGCAUAUAUGAAUGCGAUGGAAACGCAGGAAGCCCUUUGGAGAGAUUCCUGACGGAGUGCCUCAUCCCCGUCUGUGAGAGGUGGAAGGAUCUGACCCUGAUGGGAGACACACACUCCUUUUACCCGCUUCAACAACUUGCCGCCUCUGAACUCCCUUGCCUGAAAAGCCUCAGCCUUUCUUUCUAUGGAUCAGGCGGCAUGUGGUGGGGUAAUCCGCAACCAGCGUCGGCUAAUUCCACGAGUUUUUGGAAAGCGAAUGGAUUGUUGGGAAUUUGGGGUGGUCGCGAUUUUCCAACCGUCGAUUUUGUGAAGGCAGCUCUUCGUCAAUCCUUGGUCCUCGAAAAUCUCACCUUGCGAAUACGAUCAUCCGGCUUGGAUCAAGAAGACUCCAAAAACGAGGAGCCACCCAUAGAACUUCCCUUCCUCACACACCUGGACGUUGAUGAACAACCGGGCUGCAGCCUGCUGCCUCUCUUGCGCACGCCGUCCCUUGUUUCUGUGACCUACCGCGGCAGUGGCAAUACUCUACGACCAUCAUCGCUCUUUCAAUUCUUGAACGUGAACCCAGGUGCAAACGUAGAAGAACUCUACACGGAUAACAAAACUGUGCCCAAUGAGCAGAUCCUCGACUGCCUACGGCUUUGCCCUGCCCUUCGACUCCUCCGCCUAGGUCAUGGUCGUCAAGCAUGGCCAAUGUCCGCCGGCUAUGAAUCAAUUGACAUAAUUGCCAACGAGUUGUUCUCCCCUCUCGCUACGCCUUUGAAGAUGGAGGACGUCCUUUGCCCGCUCCUUGAAGGUAUCGAGUUUGUACAGGAGACUAAUUUAUCCGAGAUGGUGGUAAUCGACUUCAUCAAGGCAAAGCAAGAAAGCAAAGAUCCUCGCCUGAGAAAGCUUCGGAACAUCAAAGUGACGUUUGGGCAGAAGAGGCGAGAGGGCGAGGAUAUGAUGUCCACUAUAGCGCCAUACGUCGACGCAGGCCUCAAAGCAACAUUCGUAUAUCGACACGCCACUUACAGGAGCCCGGUAUCUCUUUAUGACGGAUUACCCACCAAUUUUACAUGGGGGUUAGCAUAG